AUGAUUCCCUGCGUGACGACGCGCCGCGCCGCAGCGGCAGCCACCACCCGCGCGCAGUGCGCCCGCCGACACGCGCACAUCAAGUCCGGGCCUGGCAAGCCGCGCCUCGGAUCCAAGCCCAAGCAGCCCAAGGCCGCCGAGCCUGCGCCAUCAUAUAAACCGUGCGAACUCAACCCCCCCCCCGCGGCCCACCACCCAGAACCUACAGAACUGACCCCCCCGAGCAGAGCUUCCCAAGUCCGUCCCCGACCACCGCCGCCGCCGAAAUCAAAACCGGGCCCCCAACAAGCCGACACCCUGCUGAGCGUAUGGCGCGCAUCGUGGCUGCCCCUCAGCGGCGCGGCCCUCGUCGCCGGGGCGCUGGGGUUUUACAUUUUCGGCACCGCCGCGGCGACGCUCCAGUCCGACCCGUGCUGCGCGACGACGGACCGCGCGACGACGACGACGCCGACAGGCCGGCCACCUGCGCUCACCGGCGACAACGCGGAGCAGUUUGACAAGGAGCUCGACUGGCCCGAGUGGUGGAUGGGCAUCACCAGCCUCCGGCGGCGGCUGGCGGCGCACGCGCGCGGCGACGUGCUCGAGCUGGCCAUGGGCUCCGGGCGCAACCUCGCGCACUACGACUGGUCGCCCAUUACGGCGGCGCUGGUGACGACGGCGGCCGCGCACGACGAGACGCGGGCGAACAAGCCGGUGGUGGUGGUGCGGCGCGCGACGACGAGCGGCAUCACGUCGUUUACGGGGCUGGACAUUUCGGUCGACAUGCUGGACGUGGCGCGGCGCAAGCUCACCCGGACGGUGCCGCCGCUCAAGGACGCCGCGCCCGUGGUGCGCGCCUCGUCCAUGGCGGACCGCGGCGGCGGGCAGCUCUCGUUUCUCGGGGGCCGCCUGCGGCUGGUGCAGUCGGACGCGCACCAUCCGCUGCCGCCGCCGCCCGCCAGCGGCAACAGCAGCAAGUACGACUCCAUCAUUCAGACGUUUGGCCUGUGCUCCGUGGCGGACCCCGUGGCGGUGCUGCGCAACCUCGCGUCGGCGGUGAAGCCGGGCACGGGCCGCAUCGUGCUGCUGGAGCACGGCACCGGGUACUUUGGCCUCGUCAACGGGCUGCUGGACAGGAACGCGGGGAAGCACUUUGACAAGUACGGCUGCUGGUGGAACAGGGACAUUGAGGCCCUGGUCGAGGAGGCGGCGCGCAGCACCCCCGGACUGACCGUGGUCAGGGUCGAGAGGCCCAAGGUGUUGCAGAUGGGCACGCUGGUGUGGGUAGAACUCAAGGUCGAGGAGACGCCAUCGGCGACGGGGACCAAGUAG